AUGGCCCGGGGCCCUCUGGCUCGACUCCUGCUGGCCUGGACAGCCCUGUUGUGCGUGGCGGGUGUCCAGGGCCGUUGGGAUGGGGCUGUGCAGCCUGCCGGUCUUGGAAGUGUGCGCAGGCGUGGCAGCCCUGGCUUCUUGCAAGGGCCUAACGUGUGCGGCUCCCGCUUUCAUGCCUACUGCUGUCCUGGCUGGAGGACGCUGCCGGGUGGGAACCAGUGUGUCGUGCCCAUCUGUAGGCACGCCUGUGGCCAGGGCUUCUGUUCCCGACCCAACCUCUGUGCCUGCGCUGAUGGGAAGCUGGCCCCCAGCUGCGGGGUGAGCCGAGGGUCAGGGUGCAGUGUGAGCUGUUUGAAUGGGGGCAGCUGUCGAGGGGAGUCUUGUCUGUGCCAGAGGGGCUACACGGGCACCGUGUGUGGGCAACCUGUCUGUGACCACGGCUGCCACAACGGGGGCCGCUGCAUUGGGCCAAACCACUGUGCCUGUGUGUACGGCUUCAUGGGGCCUCAGUGUGAGAGAGACUACCGGACAGGGCCCUGCUUUGGCCGAGUGGGCCCUGAGGGGUGCCAACACCAGCUGACAGGCCUCCUCUGCACCAAGGCGCUCUGCUGUGCCACUGUGGGCCGGGCCUGGGGCUUCCCAUGUGAGCUCUGCCCAGCUCAGCCACACCCCUGCCGCCGGGGCUUCAUCCCCAAUAUUAACACGGGGGCCUGCCAAGAUGUGGAUGAGUGCCAGGCUGUGCCAGGCCUGUGCCAGGGGGGCAGCUGUGUCAACACGGUGGGUUCCUUUGAGUGCCGCUGCCCCACUGGACACCGGCUCAGUGAGAACAGCGCCAAGUGUGAAGACCACCGUGCUGGCACUUGCUUCUCGGUGCUGAUCGCAGGCCGCUGUGCGGGAGACCUCGCGGGCCACUACACCCACAGGCAGUGCUGCUGUGACAAGGGCAGGUGCUGGGCGGCUGGCCUGGCCCCUGAGCUGUGUCCUCCACGGGGCUCUGAUGAGUCCCAGCGACUGUGUGCCCCGGGGCUCCCGCUCCUGCCCUCCUAUCCGGGCCCCUUCCCCAGCCUCCCCGGCUUCAGAUCCAGUGGCAGUGUGGGUCCUGGCCCAGGGCUGGCACGGCACAGCCCCCACGGCUCCAGUGGUCGUGGGGUUCCCAGCCUGGGCCUUGGAGAUGCCAGCAUUGGCACAGCCACGCUGAACCAGACCAUCGACAUCUGCCGACACUUCACCAACCUGUGUCUCAACGGCCGCUGCCUGCCCACCCCUUCCAGCUACCGCUGCGAGUGUAACGUGGGCUACACGCAGGACGUCCGGGGGGAGUGCAUUGACGUGGACGAAUGUGCCAGCAGCCCCUGCCGCCACGGAGACUGCAUCAACGCCCCCGGCUCCUACCGCUGUCGGUGUCAUGAGGGUUUUCAGGCGACGCUCACCAAGCAGGCAUGCCUGGACCACAAUGAGUGUGCAACUACCACCAUGUGUGCCAACGGAGUGUGCCUGAACGAGGACGGGAGCUUCACAUGUCUCUGCAAACCCGGCUUCCUGCUGGCACCCGGUGGCCGCCACUGUGUGGACAUCGAUGAGUGCCAGACGCCAGGCAUCUGCAUGAACGGUCACUGCACCAACACCGAGGGCUCCUUCCACUGUCGCUGCCUCGGGGGGCUUGCGGUGGGCGCUGACGGCCGAGUGUGCGUGGACACCCACGUGCGCAGCACGUGCUACGGGCCCCUCGACCAGGGCUCCUGUGCCCGCCCCUUCCCCGGUGCCUUCACCAAAUCCGAGUGCUGCUGUGCAAGGCCGGCCCAUGGGUUUGGGGAGCCCUGCCAGCCGUGUCCCCCCAAGAACUCUGCUGAGUUCCAGGCCCUAUGCAGCAGCGGUCUUGGCAUCACCACGGAUGGCAGAGACAUCAAUGAAUGUGCCCUCGACCCUGACGUCUGUGCCAACGGCAUGUGUGAGAACCUGCGGGGCAGCUACCGCUGCGUCUGCAACCUGGGCUACAAGGCAGUCGCGGAUGGCAGGGAGUGCACUGAUGUGGACGAGUGCGCCCUCAACAGCCUCCUGUGUGACAACGGGCGGUGCCGCAACAGCCCGGGCAGCUAUAGCUGCUCCUGCCCCCAGGGCUUCAGCUUCCGGCCAGACACGGAGACCUGUGAAGACAUCGACGAGUGCCUGUCCAACCCGUGUGUGAAUGGCGUGUGCCGCAACCUGGCCGGCUCCUACGCCUGCGAGUGCGCCCCUGGCAGCCGCCUGGGACCUUCUGGCACCGUGUGCCUAGACAGCACCAAAGGCACGUGCUGGCUGAAGAUCCAGGAUGGCCGCUGCGAGGCGAACCUGCACGGAGCCACCCUGCGUUCCGAGUGCUGCGCCACGCUCGGCACGGCCUGGGGGAGCCCCUGCGAACGCUGUGACAUGGACCCCGCCUGUGCCCGAGGCUUCGCCCGCGUGAAAGGGCUCAGCUGCGAAGAUGUGAACGAGUGUGAGGUCUUCCCUGGCAUCUGUCCCAAUGGGCGCUGCAUCAACACUGCGGGCUCCUUCCGCUGCGAGUGUUCAGAGGGCCUGAUACUGGACACCUCCGGCCGGCUGUGCAUAGACAUGCGCCUGGAGCUUUGUUUCCUGCGUUGGGAGGAGGACGAGUGUGGGGCUGCCCUGCUGGGCAAGUACCGGAUGGACGUCUGCUGCUGCACCGUGGGGGCCGCGUGGGGCACCGCAUGCGAGGCGUGCCCUGAGCCCGAGUCCCCAGCUUUCACCAGCCUGUGUCCCCGGGGGCUGGGCUUUGCCAGCCGGGACUUCCUGUCAGGCCGUCCCUUCUAUAAAGAUGUGAACGAGUGCAAAGCCUUCCCUGGGCUGUGUGCCCAUGGCACCUGCCGCAACACUGUGGGCAGCUUCCGUUGCUCCUGUGCGGGAGGCUUCGCCCUGGAUGCCCAGGAAAGGAACUGCACAGACAUUGACGAGUGCCGCAUCUCCCCUGACCUCUGUGGCCAGGGCACCUGUGUCAACACCCCAGGCAGCUUUGAGUGUGAGUGUCUCCGUGGCUACGAGAGUGGCUUCAUGCUGAUGAAGAACUGCAUGGAUGUGGACGAGUGUGCCCGGGAUCCGCUGCUGUGCCGGGGAGGCACCUGUACAAACACAGAUGGGAGCUAUGAGUGCCAGUGUCCCCCGGGACAUGCGCUGGCAGCCGAGGGCACUGCCUGCGAAGAUGUGGACGAGUGCUCCCUGAGUGACGGCCUGUGUCCACACGGGCACUGUGUCAACGUCAUCGGUGCCUUCCAGUGCUCCUGCCAUGCCGGCUUCCAGAGCACGCCUGACCGCCAAGGCUGCGUAGAUGUGGAUGAAUGCCGCACCAGGAACGGUGGUUGCCACGUCCACUGUGUUAACACCAAGGGCAGCUACCAGUGCGGCUGCGGACCUGGCUACUCUCUGAUGCCCGAUGGGAGGGCGUGUGAAGAUGUGGACGAAUGUGAGCAGAAUCCGGACAUCUGUGACGGGGGCCAGUGCACCAACAUGCCAGGGGGUCACCGCUGCCUCUGCUAUGACGGCUUUGUGGCCACGCUGGACAUGAGGAUGUGUGUAGACGUGGACGAGUGUGACCUGAACCCCCACAUCUGCCUCCAUGGGGUCUGCGAGAACACCAGGGGCUCCUUUGUCUGCCACUGCCAGCUGGGUUACGUCGUCAGGAAGGGGGCCAUGGGCUGCUCCGAUGUAGAUGAAUGUCAGCUUGGGGGACACAGCUGUGACAGUCACGCCUCCUGCCUCAACACCCCUGGGAGUUUCAGCUGCAGCUGCCAGCCAGGCUGGGUUGGGGACGGCUUUGAAUGCCAUGACCUGGAUGAAUGCGCCUCCGAGGAGCAUGGGUGCAGCCCGAGAGCUGACUGCCUCAACGCCCCUGGCUCCUACCGCUGUGCCUGCCGCCUGGGCUUCUCUGGGGAUGGCUUUUCCUGUGAAGACAGGGACGAGUGUGCAGAGAACGUGGCCCUUUGCGAGAACGGGCAGUGUCUCAAUGUCCCCGGCGGGUACCGCUGCGAGUGCGAGAUGGGCUUCAGCCCCACCGAGGACCAGCAUGCCUGCCAGGAUGUGGAUGAGUGUGUCCUCGGGAGCAUUUGUGUGUUUGGGAGCUGUGAGAACCUGCCGGGGAUGUUCCGCUGUAUCUGCGAUGAGGGCUAUGAGCUGGACCGCAGUGGUGGCAACUGCACAGAUGUGAAUGAGUGUGCAGAUCCUGUGAACUGCAUCAAUGGCCUGUGUGUCAACACCCCCGGCCACUACCUUUGCAACUGCCCCCAGGAUUUUGAGCUGAAUCCCAGCGGCGUGGGCUGCGUGGAUACCCGGGUUGGGAACUGUUUCCUGGACACACAGGAUCGAGGGGACGGUGGCAUUUCCUGCAGCGCGGAGAUCGGGGUUGGCGUCACCCGGGCGUCCUGCUGUUGCUCCCUGGGUCGGGCUUGGGGCAACCCCUGUGAGCUGUGCCCACCGGCCAACACCACUGAGUACAGAACCUUGUGCCCAGGGGGUGAGGGCUUCCGGCCUAAUUCCAUCACUGUCAUCCUGGAAGACAUUGACGAAUGCCAGGAGCUGCCAGGGCUGUGCCAGGGGGGUAACUGUGUCAACACCUUCGGUAGCUUCCAGUGCGAGUGCCCACCCGGCUACCACCUCAAUGAAGAUACCCGCAUCUGUGAGGACAUCGACGAAUGCUCUGCACACUCAGGCAUCUGUGGCCCUGGUACCUGCUACAACACUCUGGGGAACUACACUUGUGUCUGCCCUAUGGAAUACCUGCAAGUCAACGGUGGCAAUAACUGCAUGGACAUGAGGAAGAGCAUCUGCUUCCGGCAUUACAACAGUACGUGUCGGAAUGAACUGGCCUUUAACGUGACCCGGAAGAUGUGCUGCUGUUCCUACAAUAUCGGCCAGGCCUGGAAUAGACCCUGUGAGGCCUGCCCGACCCCUGCCAGUCUGGAUUACCAGAUCCUGUGUGGAAACCAGGUUCCUGGGUUCGUCAUCGACAUCCACACAGGGAAGCCCCUUGACAUCGACGAGUGCGGGGAGAUCCCCGCCAUCUGUGCCAGCGGCAUCUGCAUCAACCAGAUCGGGAGCUUCCGCUGCGAGUGCCCUGCGGGCUUCAGCUACAACAGCCUGCUGCUGGUCUGCGAAGACGUGGAUGAGUGCACCAGCGGGGAGAACCCCUGCCAGCAGAAUGCCGACUGCAUCAACAUCGCUGGCAGCUACCGCUGCAAGUGUGCCCAAGGGUACAAGCUGUCGCCAGGCGGGGCUUGUGUGGGACGGAACGAGUGUCGAGAGAUCCCGAAUGCCUGUAGCCACGGCGACUGCAUGGACACAGUAGACAGCUACAUGUGUCUGUGUCACCGUGGCUUCCGGGCUUCAGCAGACCAGACCCUGUGCAUGGAUGUCGACGAGUGUGACCGGCAGCCAUGUGGAAAUGGGACCUGCAAGAACAUUGUCGGCUCCUACAACUGCCUCUGCUUCCCCGGUUUUGUGGCAACACACAACGGAGAUUGCGUGGACAUGGAUGAGUGCACCACCAUGGUGGGGCAGGUGUGCCGAUUUGGCCAGUGCCUCAACACGGCUGGCUCCUUCCACUGCCUCUGCAAGGAUGGUUUUGAGCUCACAAGUGAUGGGAAGAACUGCAUAGACACCAACGAGUGUCUCAGCCUUCCAGGAACCUGCCUGCCAGGCACUUGCCAGAACCUCGAGGGCUCCUUCCGCUGCAUUUGUCCCCCCGGCUUCCAGGUGCAGAGCGACCAUUGUGUUGACAUCGACGAGUGCUCCGAAGAGCCCAACCUGUGCCUUUUUGGCUCCUGUACCAACAGCGCCGGAAGCUUUGAUUGCCUCUGCCCACCUGACUUUGUCCUGUCUGACAACGGGCACCGUUGCUUUGACACACGGCAGAGUUUCUGCUUCACCCAUUUCGAGGCCGGAAAGUGCUCAGUACCCAAAGCUUUCAACACCACCAAGGCCCGGUGCUGUUGUAGCCAGAGGCCUGGCGAGGGCUGGAAUGACCCCUGCGAGCUGUGUCCCCAAGAAGGCAGUGUCGCCUUUCAGGAGCUAUGUCCCUUUGGCCACGGGGCAGUCCCAGGCCCAGAUGACUCCAGGGAAGAUGUAAACGAGUGUGCGGAGACCCCUGGCGUCUGCACUAAUGGCCUUUGCGUCAACACCGAUGGCUCAUUCCGCUGCGAGUGUCCCUUUGGUUACAGCCUGGACUUCACGGGUGUCAGCUGCGUGGACACAGAUGAGUGCUCCAUCGGGCACCCCUGUGGGGAAGGUACCUGCACCAAUGUCAUAGGAGGCUUCGAAUGUGCCUGUGCAGAUGGCUUCGAACCUGGUCCCAUGAUGACCUGCGAGGACAUUGAUGAGUGCUCCCUGAACCCCCUGCUCUGCGCCUUCCGCUGCCACAACACCAGGGGCUCCUAUGUGUGCACCUGCCCAGUCGGCUAUGCGUUACGAGAGGAUGGGGCCAUGUGCCGAGAUGUGGACGAGUGUGCAGACGGUGAGCAAGACUGCCAUGCCAGGGGCAUGCUGUGCAAGAACCUCAUUGGCACCUUCGCCUGCAUCUGCCCCCCAGGCAUGAGGCCCCAGCCGGGCUCCGGGGAGGGCUGCACAGAUGAUGAUGAAUGCCGUGCCCAGCCCAGCCCCUGUGCCAACGGCCGCUGCAUCAACACCCUGGGCAGCUUCCACUGCGACUGUGACGAGGGCUACCAGCCCAGCCCCAGCCUCACCGAGUGCCAGGACAUCCGGCUGGGGCCCUGCUUCUCUGAGGUGCUGCAGGCCACGUGCCAGGCUCAGUCCAGCAGAGGUGAGGCCGUCACCAGGGCCGAGUGCUGCUGCGCGGGCGGCCGCGGCUGGGGCCCGGGCUGCGAGCACUGUCCGCUGCCCGGCACGUCCGCCCACCGGAAGUUGUGCCCCCACGGCUCGGGCUACACUGCCGACGGCCGAGAUGUGGAUGAGUGCCGUGUGCUCCCUCGCCUGUGCCCUCACGGUGAAUGCAUCAAUAGCCUUGGCUCCUUCCGUUGCCACUGCCAGGCCGGGUACGCACCUGACAUCACUGCCACAGCCUGCCUAGACGUGGAUGAGUGCAGCCAGGCCCCCACGCCAUGUCCCUUCCUCUGCAAGAACACCGAGGGCAGCUUCCUGUGCGCCUGCCCCCGUGGCUACCUGCUGGAGGAGAACGGCAGGGUCUGCCGAGACCUGGAUGAGUGCUCCUCCAGGCAGCACAACUGCCAGUUUUUCUGCGUCAACACCAUCGGUGGCUUCACCUGCCGCUGUCCCCCCGGCUUCACCCAGCGCCACCAGGCCUGCUUUGACAAUGACGAGUGCUUGGCCCAGCCUGGCCCAUGUGGUACCCGGGGGCGCUGCCACAAUGCCCCAGGCAGCUUCAGCUGUGAGUGCUAUCAAGGCUUCACCCUGGACAGCUCCGGUCAUGGCUGCAAAGACGUGGAUGAAUGCAAUGGGCCUCAUCGCUGCAAGCAUGGCUGUCAGAACGAGCUGGGGGGCUAUCGCUGCAGCUGCCCCCAGGGCUUCACCCCACACUCCCAGUGGAGCCAGUGUGUAGAUGAGAACGAGUGUGUCCUGUCACCCUCGGCCUGCGGCAGUGCCGCCUGCCACAACACACUGGGCGGCUUCCGCUGCGUCUGCCCCUCAGGCUUCGACUUUGACCAGGCCCUCAGGGGCUGCCAGGACGUGGACGAGUGUGCGGCUCGGAGCGGCCCCUGCAGCUACAGCUGUGCCAACACCCCCGGUGGCUUCCUGUGCGGCUGCCCUCGAGGCUACUUCCGGGCUGGGCAAGGGCACUGUGUCUCUGGCCUGGGCUUCAACCUGGGACCCCAGGAUGCCCCAGAUGAGGGGGAGCCGCUCUCGCCCGAAGCCUGCUACGAAUGCAAGAUCAACAGCCAGCCCUCUCGUGACCGGCCACGGCGCAGCACCCGUAGGGACCACCAGGCGAGCCUGGCCAGCCUUGACACGGAGGCUCCGCUGACCUUGGGACUGAACCUCUCCUGUCUGGGCCAGGCCCAGCACAUCCUAGAGCUGAGGCCAGCGCUGGAGAGUCUGGGGGGCCGCAUCCGCUAUGUCAUUGCCCGCGGCAACCAACGAGGCUUCUUCCGCAUGCAUCACCUUCAUGGUCUCAGCUCCCUGCAGCUGGGGCGCCGGAAGCCAGGGCCUGGCACCUACCAGCUGGAGGUUGUGAGUGUGGCCGAGCCCUGGGGCACCCAGCCAGAGGGGCGGCCGGGGGGCCGAGCCUUGCGGCUGAAGGUGCAGUUGCAGCUACUGUAAUCCGGGGGUUCCCACACCUCCCACCUAGCCCCAGGCACCCCCUGCAACCUGAUUUUCAGACUCACCACCUGGUCACUGCCCCACUCCUGCCUCCUUCCAUGGGGUUUUGGGGAAACUGAUGUCACUCUGUUUGCUAUGACCCACCCCCCCACCGGGAGACCCUAGUGACAAGCCCUGGACUCAGUGGGCCCCAGGGUCCCCAUGUGGUCCUCCUCUCCAGAGGUGGGAGAUUUGGAAGGCGGGAGGGUUCGAUCCCCUGCAGCAAUGGCCGACCAGGUGGAACCCCAAAACUCAGGAAGAGUGAAGUGCUAUCCUCUGACCUCAAGCGAGCCCGGCCUCUACCCGAGGGACCCCGACACUGUUUCCUGGAGACAGCUGGCAGCCGCAGCUGUGUGCCCCCUCCACUUCUACAGCCAGGGUCCAGGAGGGCCCUGGGUUUCACUGUAUCUGGUCAAUCUCAGGCUGAAACUUCUGCACUGCAGGGGGUCGGGAGGCCAUGGGAAUGGGUGGCUGGAGUGGGCCUAAGGCUCGUCUCUUCCAUCAGAAGAGCACGCGGGGCCCCAGCUCAGUCACUGAUGUGCAACCAUGUUCAUCAUCCCCACGGGGAGCUGAGCUAAGGUUCUGAGGAUACUUUCAUAUCAGAAGCAGAGACAACAAUAAAGUUAUUUUGGGUUAAGCA